GCACUAAUCAUGAAGAAGCUUACAAGGAAAAUAUUGUUUGUAGAUAAUCCUGUACCCAGCCACAGCGAGUGAAUGCUAUAUAACAAUGUCAUCUAGAACUUUUGCAAGUUUAUAGGAAAAAAAAAGGCUUGUUUUGUCAGCUAAUCAAAGUUCGCUGUUCUAAGAGUACUACUACAUUUGCAGCCAAAAGACAACUAACCACUUAAGGACAAGGCCUUUAUAUACAUGAUAUAGUUCCUGCAGAUUACUUUCCCCUGUUCAGCUUCUGGAAUGGAUAACCACUCUGCUCUUCCUUAUUCAUGGCGGCUCUUCAUCCUCGUGGGCAUUGUCAUGACUGCAGCCAGUGCCUAUUAUGCUGGAGCAUCAGAAAUGGAUAGAAAGGUUUAUAUAGUAUACAUGGGAGAUCGGCCAACGGGUGGCCUUUCUGCAGUGAAAUCAACUCAUAUGAAGAUGCUUGAACAAGUUGUGGGAAGUUCCAGAGGAGCAUCAGAACUACUGGUGUGGAGCUAUCACAGAAGCUUCAAUGGCUUUGUAGCAAGGCUUACAGAUCAAGAGUCAAAGACAAUGGCGGGCAUGAGCACAGUGGUAUCAGUCUUCCACAGCCAACAUAGACAGCUACACACCACAAGAUCAUGGAGUUUCAUGGGCUUUCCAGUUAAUGUGACACGAAACAAGUACGAGAGCAAUGUCAUCAUAGGCAUGCUUGACACUGGAAUCUGGCCAGAAUCUCAGAGCUUCAAUGAUGAAGGCUUCAGUCCACCUCCAAGCAAGUGGAAGGGAACUUGUCAAUCCUCAUCAAACUUCACAUGCAACAACAAACUGAUAGGAGCUCGAUACUAUAACUUAGAAAGGUCAAUGGUAGAAGAUGGCGGUGAUUCACCAAGAGAUUUAGAAGGGCAUGGGUCUCAUACGUCGUCCACAGCUGCUGGGAGUUUGGUGACUGGUGUAAGCCUCUAUGGAUUAGGUGAGGGAACAGCACGAGGAGCUGUGCCAUCUGCUCGCAUAGCAGCGUAUAAGAUAUGCUUGCCAGAUUUUGGAUGCUCCGACGCAAACAUACUUGCUGCGUUUGAUGAUGCCAUUGCUGAUGGAGUGGACAUCAUCUCUAUCUCUGUUGGGAGUGACUAUCCAUUUGAUUACUUUGACGAUUCCAUUGCAAUAGGUGCUUUUCAUGCCAUGAAGAAUGGGAUUCUUACUUCAAACUCGGCCGGCAACAGUGGUCCUGGUCUUUAUAGCGUUGCCAACUACUCACCAUGGUCACUCACUGUAGCAGCGAGCACCAUUGAUAGGCGCUUCUUGGCAGAAAUCAAACUGGGGAAUGGAAAUUCCUAUCAGGGAACGGCAGUCAGCACCUUUGACCUUAAGGACACUAUGUUUCCUCUUUUGUAUGGCGGAGACGCACCAAACACGUCUGCAGGGUAUGAUGGAUCAACCUCCAGGUACUGUUAUGAUGGCACAUUGGAUGAGGAUUUGGUGAAAGGAAAGGUGGUCCUUUGUGAUGAACUGACUGAUGCUACUGGACCAUUAAAUGCUGGUGCGGUGGGCACCGUGAUGCUAAAUGCAGGCCACGAUGACUAUGCCUUCUCCUUCCCAUUACCUGCUACUGUCCUGACUAGCCUGGAUUUACGGAAUGUCUCUGCCUAUAUCAACACAACAAGCAAUCCAACAGCAAUUAUAUUGAAGAGCAAAGGGGUUUAUGAUCCACAUGCUCCUUCUGUGGUUUCCUUCUCCUCACGAGGGCCUAAUCCAAUCACACAUGACAUUCUUAAGCCUGAUCUAACUGCACCGGGGGUGGACAUACUAGCAGCAUGGUCUCCAGUAGCCUCAAUGUCUGUAGAUCCGACUGAUAAACGAUCAGUACCAUACAACAUAAUCUCCGGCACUUCCAUGUCUUGCCCUCACGCAAGUGGUGCAGCUGCCUAUGUCAAAUCAUUCCACCCAACCUGGUCUCCAGCUGCUAUCAAGUCAGCUCUUAUGACAACAACUUACCCCAUGAAUGUCUCGUUGAGCAAGGAUGCAGAGUUGGGUUACGGAGCAGGACAUUUAAAUCCCAUAGCUGCUGUAGACCCUGGUCUUAUCUAUGAUGCUUAUGAAGCUGAUUAUGUAAAGAUGUUAUGUGGUCAAGGAUAUAGUAAUAAGAACCUGAGCCUUGUAACUGGAGACAAUACCACUUGUUCAAGUACUAACAAUGGGACUGUUUGGGAUCUAAAUUACCCGUCCUUCGCUCUUUCGGCUAAGUUGGGUAAGAAUUUCUCUCAGAGUUUCAAUAGAAUGGUAACUAAUGUUGGGUUUGCAAACUCCACCUACAAAGCAACCGUGUCAACUCCAUCGGAACUUAAUGUCAGCGUGGAGCCAGACAUCAUCUCAUUCAAAUCUCAGGGAGAGAAACAGUCAUUUGUUGUUACAAUUAGUGGCCAAACAUCAAAGUCUCUGCUCUCUGCUUCACUCGUCUGGGAUGAUGGAGUUCAUCAUGUAAAGAGCCCCAUUGUUGUGCUGCUUGUGCGUAAUACUUAAGCCCAUUCCUCGUCGUAAAUACUUUGUUGAUAAUUGUUAUCUUUUUUAUUGCAGCACUGAAUAAGAUUAAUUGGUUAUGUUUC